CCAAAGAACUGAAAAGCGAAAAAAAACAAACAAAUAACAAUCAUGAAUACGACGUCGACGCGAAUUUCUUAGUGAAGAAUCACCGCGUUAAUAUCAACGGUCGCUUUAUUAUUUCCGUUUUUACUUUUAGUUUUAAAUUUAUAGUGUUCUGCAUGUAGUGAGACAGCUAUAUUUCAAAACUGCAUACAUUCCGCACUCAUUACAUCAAGAUUCGGAAAAUUAUCUGUAAUGGGGACUGCAUCUCAACAGUACUGCCUGCGCUGGAACAAUCACCGAUCAAAUUUACUGACCGUGUUCGACGAGCUCUUGCAAAACGAGGCUUUUACCGAUGUCACGUUAGCAGUGGAUGGCGGGGCAUCCGUCAAAUGUCAUAAAAUGGUCCUUGCAGCGUGUUCCUCGUACUUUCAAACGCUCUUCAUCGAUCUACCCUGUAAGCACCCCGUGGUCGUGUUAAAAGAUGUCAAAUAUAUCGAGAUAAAAGCAAUACUGGAGUACAUGUACCGUGGGGAGGUGAACGUCGCCCAAGAACAGCUGGGGGGUCUGUUAAAAGUUGCGGAGGCGCUCAAAGUAAAAGGACUGGUUGAAGAAAACGGUGCCCAGGGAAAAAGAGAAGAAGGGGAGCCGGCUCCGUCGCCCCCCGCAAUUACCACGAGUACGACGAGCAGUGCCGCUCACAGCAGUGGACAAAUUUCACCACCUCAUUCCACCGGCACUUCUUACAAUCUGUACGGGAAAUCACCCGUGGAAAGAGGCCAGGGGAGGUUCUCUCUGCCGAUGUGGGCACUCUCAGGGUUACCGCUGGCCCAACAUCCUUCGUCCGGGCAUCCACCGCCCCACCACGCUCAACAUUCUUCGAUGCUGGGCGGGUCGUACGAUAACGGAUCGGAUUCCUCGCCUCUGAAACGUAAGAAGCUGUCGAAUAUGCUGAUGAAUCGCGACACACCGAUCCUACGAACCGUACUUGGACAAGGGCACGCGGACAGCUCUCAGGGCGGUGCACCGAUUCUGCAUCCGGACAGCCACGAGACUCUCCCUCGUACCCACAGCAACGGGUCAGCCAAUGACGUCCAAGACAGACGCAACAGCGGCGAAUUAUUGCACAGCGAAGCGGUCCACAGCCCAUUCACAGACAUAUCUUUGAUGGACGAGGACGAAAAGCCAUCGCCGCAGUCUUACGCGGGUGACACGAACCGAGGAAUAGUCAAUUACGUCCCGACCCAGAAGCCGGAAUGGAAGCGAUACAAACAGUACACCAGAAACGACAUAAUGUCAGCAAUAGAAGCGGUGAGAUCUGGAAUGAGUGCCUUGCAAGCUGCUCGCAAAUACGGAGUACCAUCGCGCACGUUGUACGACAAAGUUAAAAAAUUGGGGAUAACAACUUCACGACCGUUCAAACGCGGCUCAAACGGAAGCGGGGCUUGUUUUCCGUACGGUAUCGGUGGUAAUGCAAACGGAAGUAUUUACAGCGGUGGAUUAUCAGAGAGCGAAAAUGAAAACAGUAGCGCGGGGAUAGGAGGGAAUCCCGCGUCGAUGUUAGAUCCGAAUUUCAUAGAGGGUCGAGAUCCCAGCGAACGGGAAACUAUGAUAGAAAUGACGCGGUGCAGUUCGACUCCCGCUGUUCACUUGAUACCUCAACAACCGCAACCGACAACGGAAGACCAGGUUGAAGACCAGGUCGAAGACUUGUCCGUAAAUCGUAAGCCUGAGAUCCGAGUAAUUGUACCACCGUCUGCAAUAGUCAAGGAGGAAAUAGAACUGGACGCUCCGAAUAACUCCAAUCUCAACUAACUACAAACGUUCUUGUCGUUAUCGAUUUUUGUUUCGUUUUGUUACAAAGAUAGUUUCAGGGAUUAAUCGUUAGCUGCAUACCAAUAGUCAUGCGACGCAUGUGACCAAUGCUAUAAGCAUUCAUAUUCACCCAUCCGUACUAUAUAAUGUGAAUGUUGCGAGAAAGAUAGAUAGGGAAAGAGAGAGAGAGAGAGAGAGAGAGAGAGCGCGCGAGCGAAAAAUGGAAAAAGGCGAGAGUUAAAAAAGGGAACGAACGAAACGUGGUAAUUAUUCCUUGGUAAUAGCUUCAAUAAGACUGACUAUGCGUCGCAAUUUCAUGAGACUGAACAUAAUAUGCUUGUCCAAGAGUUGUUUAAAGAGCAUUGAGCCGAUGUAAUAAUCAAUCAAAGUUAAUCCUUCGUUAAUUUUACAUCGUGCCGCGCUCUGAAAAUUUUUGGACCAGUGACCAUAUUUACACUUAUUUUAUAUUAUUGUGAUCCAUUUUUAUUUGCAAUCAAUAUAUUAACGUAGUGGUAAUCUAAUAUUUGUAAGGGUAAAUUCUUAAACAAGCAUAGUAGAAUUACGUUACGUUACGUUAUGGUAUAUCGGGGAAAGAUGAAUAUUAUUUUCACAUUUUCAAAAUAUCCAAUUGAUUGGCAUUAAAUGCUGGCCUUAGGACGCGAAUUAAUUAUAUACAUUAUACAUCGAUUCGUAAACUAUAUAUCGAUCAAUUUCGUUGACGACUGAGAUACCGCUGUUAAUUUGUUAUAUAGAAAAAAAAAAUUAAUAAGAAUAGAUUAUUGCUACAGACCAUGGCCCUGGGAUACAGCUGCAAUAUUGCUCAAACAUAUCUACAUAAUAUAAUAGAACAAUCUACCUCAUUGUACAACGGACACGUUGUGCUUAACAUAAGACUGAUCUACCGAAUACACGAUACCAACUCGACAAUCCUCUUUUACACAAACGAAUAACAAUUAUACAUAUAUUAUACAUUAUAUAUUAUAUCGUAAGUUAUAGAUAUCAUAUUAUAUUGUAACUAGUACCAAUUUUUUAUCAUUAUUAUCAUUAUCAUUAUUGUCAUUAUUAUCAUUAUUAU